AUGGCUGCCAACGGUGUCAAGGCUGGUAGCAAGCGAAAGACUGCCCCCGCUGCUGGCAAGGGUGCUUCCGACGGCAAAUCGAAGAAGCCCAAGUUCGAGAAGAAGGCCGAGCCCGCGGAAUCUCCCGAGGAGGACUUGGAGGACGCCAUGGAUUCUUCGGACUCUGAUGACGGGGGAGUCAAGCUGAACCCGCGCGAGAGGGCCAAGCAGGCUCAGGAGAAGGGCAAGAAGGAGGGCGGUAAGCCCGACAAAAACAAGAACGUCCAAUUCGGACAAAACUCGAAGGAAUCCCACGCCAUUCAGAAGAAGCUGGCUCUCGAGCGCAAAGCCGCGAAGCCGCUCGCCGACGAACUCGCACGAACCAAGAAGAUCUGGGAGCGAUUGAGGAGGAAGUCUCACGUGCCGUCCGAGGAGCGGAAACAGCUGGUCGACGAGCUUUUCACCAUCAUCACCGGCCGCAUCAAGGACUUCGUUCUGAAGCAUGACGCCACCCGAGCCGUCCAGACUGCGAUCAAGUACGCGAAUACCGCUCAAAAGAAGCAAAUCACCAAGGAGUUGCAGGGAACCUACUGUCAACUUGCUGAGAGCAGAUACGCGAAAUUCCUUAUCGCUAAGUUGGUCGUUCAGGCCGACUCCGAGAUCAGGGAUAUGAUCAUCCCCGAGUUCUACGGCAAGGUCCGCAAGCUGAUCAAUCACCCCGAGGCGUCAUGGAUCCUGGACGAUAUCUACCGCCAGGUUGCGACAAAGGAUCAGAAGGCCAUCCUUCUGAGAGAGUGGUACGGCCCCGAGUUCGCCAUUCUUGAGCGCAGCAAGGACGAGAAGCCGACUGCGGAUCUGUCGGUGAUCCUUGAGAAGGACCCGAGCAAGCGCGGUCCUAUCUUGAAAAGUCUCCAGAACAUGAUCAACUCGUUGGUCCAGAAGAAGAUGACUGGUUUUACCAUGCUCCACGACGCCAUGUUGCAGUACUUCCUGAACAUCAAGCCGGGAACCGAGGAUUUCACCAUGUUUCUGGAGAUGAUCAAGGAUGACGAGACAGGUGAUUUGCUCAAGAACAUGGCGUUCACCCGUUCGGGAUCUCGGUUGGUGGCCCUUCUUUUGGCCCACGGUACCUCUAAGGACCGUAGAAAUCUUUUGAAGGCUUUCAAGGACAACUUCGUCCUGAUGUCGGGCGACGCCUUCGCCCACAUUGUUAUUCUCACUGCCUUCGAUGUCAUUGACGACACGAAGAUGACGCAAAAGGCAAUCUUCCCUGAGUUGAUUGGCGACGACAAGGAGAGUGCUACGGACAACAUAAUCGUCGCCACGACAAAUCCCUUCGCAAGGGCAACCUUGCUGUACCUGCUCGAGGGUCAAUCCCGGGCGUUGUUCCCUCCGAGUAUGAACGACGACCUGGCCAUUCUCAAGGAGGUUGAUGAGAUUCGCCAGACAACCAGUAAGAAGGAUGCCGAGGUCCGUAGAAAGGAGUUGGUGGCUGCGAUUUCACCCGCCCUUGUCGAGGCUGUUGUUUCUUCCGCAUCAACACUUGUAGCGGACGCCUUUGGAUGCCAGCUUGUUGCCGAUGUGCUGCUUUCCGCCGAGGGUGACAAGACCGAGGCCCUCAAAGCCGUGGCUGCUGUAGCAGAGGGCGACCCCAGCGCGGAGCCCAUGGAGGAAGACGGCGUCGCUGCGCCCCCAGUUCAUGUUUCUCGGACACCAUACGGAGGCCGUCUCAUCAAGACGUUGAUUGCUGGUGGCAAGUUCAACAAGGAGACCGGUAAAGUCGAGCUUGUUGAGCCACCACUGAAGUUCGCCGACAUCUUGUACCCAGUCAUUAAGGACCACAUCCUUGACUGGGCCACCGGACCUAGUUCUUUUGUUGUUCUGAACAUGCUCGAGGCUGAGGACUUCAACUAUGCUUCUGAGCUGAAGAAGGUUCUCAAGAGCCACAAGAAAGACCUGCAAAAGGCUGCCACCGAGGAGACGGCCGACCAGAAGGCCGACCGCGAGGCGAAGGCGCAGAAGGAGGCGGAAAAGAGUGAGAAGGGAGGAAAGAAGGGCAAGAAGGUUGGUGCGAAGUCGGACAGACCCGUCGGUAAUCUUGGUAGUAAGCUGUUAUUGGAGAAGCUCUAG